AAAUGUCAUUUACCACAAAGUGACCCUGUCUGUUGCAGUGCCUUGUUGCUCCACCGCUUAUCCCCGCCUCCUCCAUCGCCAACACUCAUCCUCACCCCACCCCAUCUCUCCCUUGGCUAGCUGGCACCAUUAUCAAUUCCUUCUGUCAGCAUGCCUGCAAAAAAAAGCUUACGUCACAGUCAUUACUGGCUCUAUAAAAGCCAGUGUAAUGCAGAUUCACUGUGCAGUCAACCCAGCUACAUUCCUAGACAGAGAGCAGCCGGUUUCUCGAGUCAUGGCUUCCGCCGGCUUUGACCCUUACUUCCCUUCUACUUACAAGAGGAGGGUAGUUGUGCGCAGUGCAGGAUAUGGAGCUGGAGGAGGAAUAGGAUCAAGGUCUGCCUACUCCAGCCACUCCGCCCCAAUAACUUCCUAUGCAUCUUCACGCAGAAGUUAUCCAACACACACCCGAGCUAUUUCCAGCUACUCCUCCAUCCUUUCUGCUCCAGAGUCUGCAGCUGCCACUGAACUUCGCCUUGACCAAGCAGCCCAGGUCAGCUCUGAGUUCAAAGUACUGCGGACCCAGGAGAAGGCUGAGCUGCAGGACCUGAAUGACCGCUUUGUAAACUUCAUUGACAGGGUCCAUGAACUGGAGCAGCAGAACAAGUUGCUGGAGACUGAACUCCUGCUGCUCAGGCAGAGGCAGGCAGAGCCGUCCAACCUUCGGGCCCUGUAUGAGCAUGAGCUCCGCCAGCUGCGUGCUGCUGUGGAAGAGGCCCGCCAUGAGAAGCAAGCAGCCCAGCACCACAGGGAUGAGAUGGAGAACGUGUUAGGUAACAUGCAAAAACGCUAUGAGGAGGAAGUGCUCGGCAGAGAGGAAGCAGAGGGCAGGCUCAUGGAUGCCAGGAAGGGAGCAGAUGAAGCUGCACUGGCCCGGGCUGAGCUGGAGAAAAGAGUUGGGACCCUGCUGGAUGAGCUGGCCUUCCUGAAGCGCCUCUGUGAGAGUGAGAUUGCAGAGCUGCAGGCCCAAAUACAAUACAGCGCAGAGGUGUCAGUGGAGAUGGAGGUCGCCAAACCUGACCUAUCCGCUGCUCUCCGUGACAUCCGAGCCCAAUAUGAGAAGCUGGCCCAUCGCAACCUCCAAUCAGCCGAAGAAUGGUUCUGCAACAAGGUAAAUGUGAUGACAGUGAGCACUUCCCGCAACACAGAGGGUGCACGUAACGCCAAAGACGAGGCUGCAGAAUACCGCCGGCUCCUCAAAGCCAGGACGCUGGAGAUCGACGCCUGCCGCGAGAUGAAUCAAGCUCUGGAAAACCAACUGCAGGACGUGGAAGAGAAACAGAGUGCUGAGAUCUCUGCACUGCAGGAUGCGAUAAGUCAACUGGAGGAAGAGUUGAGGGCAAACAAGAAUGACAUGGCUCGCUACAUGAAAGAUUACCAGGACCUCUUGAACGUGAAGAUGGCCUUGGAUAUUGAGAUUGCAGCCUACAGGAAGCUCCUUGAAGGAGAAGAGAACCGUCUAAAUGUGGCGGGACCGGGGUCCUUCAACGUUUACUCCCAAGCCACGUACUCUGCUCCGUCCUACGGAAGAAGCCAGUUCUCCAUGCCGUUUUCAGCCGCUUCAGCUUCAGCUCCGUACAUGCUGAGCUCCCGCUUGUACACUUCAUCACUCUCCACAGAGGAGACAAUAUCCGCAAGCCAAGCACAGCAGGCGGAGGCCAGCCCUCCUCAAGAGGAGGAGGAGGAGGUGAAGGAAGAGCAGGUGGAAGAGGAAGAUAAGGAAGAAGAAGAGGAGAGACAGGGAGAAGAGAAGGAGGAGGAGGAAGCAGAGGAAGAUCAGGGAGAAGAGGGGGAGGAAGAGGUGGAGGAGGCGGAAGAAAAGGAGAAGGAAAAACAAGAAGAGGAAGAAGCAGAUGGAGAAGAGGGUGAAGCAGAGGAUGGAGAAAAAGAAGAUGAGGAGGAAGGAGGAGAGGAGGACGCCAAGCAGCAAGAGGAAGAGGGUGACGACGAGGGUGAGAAGGAGGAAAAAGAAACUGAAAAGCAAGAGGAGGUGGAGGCCGAAGAGAAAAAAAUGGAAAAAUAAAUACAAAAGUUUAAAUUGAAAUGCUUUAAAAAAAAUACCUGCUAGCAUUGCAGCAGAAGGAUGUCUUCUCCGGUGCUCGAUAUGUACAGAGAUAGCUCUCUAAUUCAAACCAAAUUAAAAUCUCUUGAAAUCAGAAGUCAACAUGUUGGUGAACAAAUUCUCCGUAUGAUCAACUCGAGUGACCAACAGCAUGUACGCAAACUGUACCAGCUAAGAAAUAAAACAUUGUAAAAGCUUGAUGAUGAUGAAGACAGGGUGUGACAAGUGUCUAGAGUAGAAAUUCUGCUUUGAGGAGAUUUGUUUGCAAACACCUGUGUGUUUUACUGUCACCAGUACAUGCCUGUACUGUAUGUGCAAUACCCAGUUUGAAAUGCCUUACUUCAAGUCCUCACUUUGUGCUUUAAAUCCAUGAUGUGCUGCGUUAAACUCCAAUAAAGCCUUGAAGCCUUGUCAACCCA